GAACUACAGGGCUCAGCUUCGCUUCAUCUCUGACUUCUCUAUUUCCUUUCAAGGAUUCAACAUCUCUUUCUCAGAGUAUAAUCUGGAGCCGUGUGAGGACCCCGGGACCCCCAGGUUUGGCUGGCACACGGGCAUCAGCUUUGGCAUCGGGGACUCGCUGGUGUUCUCCUGCAAUACCGGCUAUCGCCUAAAGGGGGCGAGGGAGAUCUGGUGCCUGGGAGGAGGUCGCCGCAUGUGGAGUGCCCCUCUGCCAAGGUGUGUGGCGGAGUGCGGCUCAACUGUUUCCAACAGCGAAGGAGUUGUGUUGUCGCCCAACUACCCACUGAACUACGACAACAGCCACGAGUGUGUCUACAGCAUUCAGGUGGAGACGGGAAAGGGCAUCAACGUCUCAGCAAGCACUUUCCAACUGGCACAAGGAGACAUUCUCAAGGUCUAUGAUGGAGGGGACAGUGCUGCUGCUGUUCUGGGUACCUACACCGGCUCCACCAUGUUAGGCCUGGUCCUCACCUCCACCUCCAAUCACCUGUGGCUGGAGUUCUACUCAGACCAGGAGCACACAGCAGGGGGCUUCAGACUCAGCUACUCCAGUUUUGAUCUGUCUCACUGCGAGGAUCCCGGGGUGCCUCAGUUUGGGUUCAAAGUCAGCGACCAGGGGCACUUCGCUGGCAGUGCCAUCACGUACGGCUGUGACCAAGGUUAUUCCCUGCACGGAAGUGGCAUACUCAAGUGCAUGACCCGAGAGAGAAGAGCAUGGGACAACCACCUCCCCUCAUGCAUAGCGGAGUGUGGCGGUAGGUUCAAAGGUGAGUCUACAGGCCGCAUCCUGUCUCCUGGAUAUCCCUUUCCUUACGACAACAACCUGCGCUGUACCUGGACCAUCACUGUCAACUCUGGCAACAUCGUCAGCCUCCAGUUCCUGGCGUUCGACACAGAGGCAUCUCACGACAUCCUGGAGGUUUGGGACGGACCGGCAGAAAAUGAGAUGUCUCUGAGGGAGCUGUCCGGCUCCCUGCUCCCCGAGGGGAUACACAGCACCCUCAACGUCGUCACAGUUCAGUUCCAGACUGACUUCUACAUCACCAAGUCUGGCUUCGCCAUCGACUUCUCAAGUUCAGUGGCGACAGCCUGCAGAGAUCCCGGCCUGCCUAUGAACGGCAGUCGUCACGGAGAUGGGAGAGAACCUGAUGACACGGUGACCUUCUCCUGUGAUCCAGGAUAUGAGCUGCAGGGAGAGAGCAAGAUCACCUGCAUCCAAGUUGACAACAGAUACUACUGGCAGCCCAGCCCUCCCAGCUGCAUUGCUCCCUGUGGGGGUAAUGUAACAGGAUCCUCAGGAUUCAUCCUCUCCCCCAACUUCCCCCUCCCCUACCCGCACAGCAAAGACUGUGAUUGGCUGAUCGCUGUCCACUCAGACUACGUCAUAUCACUGGCUUUUAUCAGUUUCAGUAUCGAGCCCAACUACGACUUCCUGUAUAUCUACGACGGACCAGACAGCAACAGUCACCUGAUUGGUAGUUUCCAGGACAGCAAGCUCCCAGAGAAGAUAGAGAGUGUCUCUAACUUUAUGCACCUAGCCUUCCGUAGCGACGGCUCAGUGAGCUACCAAGGCUUCCAUCUGGAGUAUAAAGCCUUCCGUAGCGACGGCUCAGUGAGCUACCAAGGCUUCCACCUGGAGUAUAAAGGUGAGGCGCAGGGCCAUGUUUAUACACCUAGCCUUCCGUAG